AUGACAAGCAUAUCUACCGAAGAAAACGUCUUUCAUGAUGCCGAACAUGCUUCCAAUGACAAUUCUGAUUUGCAUCCCUUGGAUUUAUUAAUGGAAGAAUUGAAACACGAUGAUACUGCCAAUAGAGUGGAGGCUAUGAGAAAAUUAGAUACUAUUGCUCUUGCAUUAGGGCCACAGAGAACUAGGGAUGAAUUGAUUCCAUUUUUAACAGAAGUGGCACAGGAUGAUGAAGAUGAAGUAUUUGCGGUUUUAGCUGAGGAAUUAGGAGAUUUCGUUCCUUAUUUGGGUGGUCCAGAAUAUGCCAAUUAUUUAUUAGCAGCUUUGGAAAUCCUAGCAUCUACCGAAGAAACAUUGGUCAGAGAUACGGCUGUUGAAUCCUUGAAUAAAGUUGCUGCACAAUUAUCUCAAGAACAUUUACUUCACGAUUUUAUCUCUGUCAUCGAACAUUUAGCCACUGCAGAUUGGUUUUCAUCCAAAGUGUCAUCAUGUGGUAUUUUCAAAUCUGUAAUUAUGAGAGUCGAAGAUGAUACAUUAAGAAAGAAUAUCUUAGCACUAUAUUUCCAAUUGGUACAAGAUGAAACACCUAUGGUCAGAAGAGCUGCUGCUAAAAACCUACCCGAUAUGAUCGAUCUUUUAACUACAAAAAUAGAUUUAUCAACAGAUGAAGACUGGGACUACAUUUCGUCUAUGUUUCAAAAAAUUACUACCGAUAACCAAGAUUCUGUUCGGCUAUUAGGUGUUGAUAUAUUAAUUUCUAUUUUGAAAUUUUUUAACAUUAAAAAAGAUGAUUCUCAUUUGGAUGAUUUAUUGAAUUCCUGUAUAAAAUUAACAGCUGAUGAUGCAUGGAGAGUGCGUUAUGCAAUCGCUAGUAAAUUCGAUGUAUUAGCUGUACAGUUUGUUGAUGAAGAUGAUAAAUACACGGAUGAAUUAUUAAAGCCAUUUAUCCUUUUAUGUGAAGAUAAUGAAAGUGAUGUACGAAAGGCAAUAGCUAAAAAAGUAGCAACAUUUUCAGGAUUAUUACAUGAUAAAGCUAUAAUUAAUUUACAAAUCAUUCCAACAGUACAAAGCUUAAGUAUGGAUGAGGAUGAAAAUGUUAGAGCUUCGUUGGCAUUAUGCAUCACUGAUUUAGUCAAACUUCUAAACAAAGAUGAAGUCACAGAACAUUUAUUACCAUUAUUCUUAAACAUGCUAAAGGAUGAAUUUCCUGAUGUGCGUUUAAAUAUCAUUGGUAAUCUCAAAGUAGUUAAUGAAAUCAUUGGCAUUAAAACUCUAUCCGAGUCACUAUUGCCAGCGGUCUCAGAAUUAGCAAAAGAUAUGAACUGGAGAAUUAGAAUUGCUAUUAUUGAAUAUAUCCCUGUAUUAGCUAGACAAUUAGGAUCCGAGUUAUUCGACCAACAGUUCAGCGAUUUAUGUAUAUCGUGGCUGUGGGACAUUGUUUAUUCUGUCAGGGAAGCAGCCAUUGAAAAUAUAAAGAAAUUAACUGAAAUAUUUGGAUCGGAAUGGUGUAAAGUUGAGAUCACUGACAAAUUAAUCAACUUUGACCAAGAGUUAUUCCAAAAUUUCAUCUACAGAAUUACAAUUUUAACAACAUUGAUCAAAAUAGGAACUGUUAUUGAUAUGGACCCUUUAAAGAAAGAGAUCUUACCAUUCAUUAUCUCAUUAGCACAAGAUGAGGUACCAAAUAUCAGAUUCAACGUUGCUAAAGGUCUUGCAGAGAUAGCAACAAGCUUAAUCAAGAGAGACAGUAAAAAUAAGAAAUUAAUUAAGGAAGAACUACUACCAGUUUUAGAAAAUUUAGUACAAGAUGAAGACGUAGACGUCAAUUAUUUCAGCGAACAAAGUUAUAACAGCUGUAAAGAAAUGUUAGAAACUGCAUAG